AUGGAUCGGAUUCAAGAGCAGCUAGUGGACAUCCUAGCCUUGAGCAUCCCCAGUGCGUAUUUGCUCCUCGUCAGCUCCCUCCUGAUCGCUCGCUACUGGCACUGGAGCAAAAGACAGGCUGCUGGAUACAGGCUCCUUCCUUUUGACGAGCACUCCCAAGAAGAUGAUGCAAGCUCCCUGUUACCACGACGAGCAGGAUUUGGAGCUGUUCUUAAGGCUGUGGCCCUUAUCUUGUCUGUGACGCAGCUUGGCUUGUGUUUGUGGGAUGUGGUGCGAGGUGAUGGGCCGAAUGCUGUGGGGAUGAUGGCCUGUGCUAUUUGGCUCUUUGCAACGGCUGUCCGCGCCUUGGUCGGCCCUUCCCUUGACCUCGCCUUUCCCCCGGACGCUCCAGCAUCGACGCGGCCUCCACAUCUCCUAUCCCACUUUCGGGUCUUGUACGCCACGACCUUUGCCGUCCAGACGUUACAGACAUAUCGAGCCUCAUCAUGGUCUUCUUUGGACGAUCAAUUCCAGAGUCGUCAUCUCGAUUUCACGCACAUCAUUGCAGCACUUUUGUCGCUAUUCCUCAGCAUCAACGACACGCUACUCGCUCUCCGUGUGGCCAAAGAGGAAGAAGAUCUGCAAAAUGAGUGGGUGGAAGUACAUACCGCAGAUGAUGGAAUAAAACCCUUUGUGCCCUCUCGUUAUGAUCAGGCUUCUUUUUGGAGUCUUUUAACAUACGGAUGGGUAACUCCGUUGAUUAACGCGGGGAACAAAAAGUGUCUUGAAGAAGAUGAUGUGUGGGCAUUACCGGAAGACGAUACGGCUGCAGUUGCUGUGAAUCUUUUCGAGUCUGUUAGGACAAGAUACAAAUCCCUCAUUGUCCAACUGGCCGUUGUCGUUGCCCCUUUCUUUUCCUUCCAGCUACUAUCCACUCUGUUGGCUAGUUUUGCCAAUUUCGGCUCCCCAUUCUUCCUCAAUCGCCUCAUCAAGUUCAUUGAAUACCCCACUGGUGAACCCAUCAGCGCUGGCCUCUUGUACGCAUUCGCCAUGUUCGCAUGUGCCAUGAUCCGCAACAUUUUCGAACAAUUAAACUGGCAUCUUGGGCGACGUGUUGGUAUGCGAUGCCGGUCCAUUGUCAUUGCUGAGCUGUUUCGCAAGUCAUUGAGGAGGGCUGCUGGCCGUGUGUCGAUUAGUAACGAAGAAUCCAAAGAGGAAAGUGGGAAUGCGGAUACGGAUGGGAAUGCCAAUGCAAGUGUUGGAAAAAUUGUUACAUUGAUGUCGGUCGAUGCAGGCCGAGUGAACGUUCUACCCACCUUUUUGGCGAUUCUGAUUGUGACUCCUUUGACCAUUUGCAUUACAAUUGCGUUCCUGCUUAAAGUGUUGGGUUGGCCGGCAUUGGGUGGUGUCGUCGUCAUGAUUUUGACGAUACCAGUUACCAUUGCCCAAGGAAAUUACUUUAGUCGGGUAGAAGAGCGGUUUCUGGAAUGCAGUGAUAAACGCAUGUCCAUCAUGAAUGAGAUUCUGCAGGGAAUUCGGUUGAUCAAGAUGUACGCAUGGGAAGGCCAGUUCAUGGAAAAAGUAAAAGUCGCCCGCAAACAGGAGUUGCGCAAUUUGGUCAAGCUCAUGUUUGCCGAGGCUUUAGGCCAAUUCAUCUGGCAUUGCGGUCCCCUUAUUGUCGCCUUUGUCACCUUUGUCACCUUCACCAAAAUAGCAGGGCGUGAGCUAGAUGCAUCGACUGCCUUUACCAGUCUGGCUCUCUUCAACACUCUUCGACUUCCGCUUGUCCAAUUCCCUGAUCUGAUUGUGUAUUUGCUCGAUACUUUGGUGUCGUUGAGGAGAAUUGAGGCGUUUUUAAAACAAGAUGAGUUGGACAAAUUCAAGCAAGACAAGCAGAGCGACGAAGAGGUCUUGUCAGAUAACAAGGACGGCCCGGUGGUUGGAUUCCGCGAUGCUUCAUUCACAUGGGCAGCCUCAUCGGAGAACCAUGACGGAAGCGGGGAUCUCGAUAUACUACAGGGGCAUUCCUUCACACUGCGAAGACUGGAUGUGACUUUCGCUAUUGGGGCCUUUAGCGUCAUCUGUGGGGCAACGGGAGCCGGAAAAAGUAGUCUGUUGCAAGCGUUGCUUGGAGAAAUGACCACCCUCCAAGGACACGGAUACCUGCCCGACUCUCGUAAUACUGGCCCCAUCGACCCAACAACUGGUUUCCAUCCUGGAGUCGCAUACGUGUCCCAAACAGCGUGGCUUCAAAAUGCAUCUAUCCGUGACAACAUUUGCUUCGGAGAUCCCUACGACCCCAUCCGUUACAACAAGGUCGUGCGAGCUUGUGCCCUUGUCAAGGACUUUGAGACCCUUGCUGGGGGAGACUUGACGGAAAUCGGAGAAAAGGGCAUCAAUCUGAGUGGUGGACAAAAACAACGCAUCUCGCUUGCUCGUGCCGCUUAUUCGAAAGCCUCAUUUAUUCUACUGGAUGAUCCGUUGAGUGCUGUUGAUGCCCCUACUGCCAAGCAUUUGUUUGAGCAAUGUUUGUUGGGUGUCAUGGCUGGACGGACCAGAAUCCUUGUCACGCAUGCUGUUGGUCUAACAGUACCUCGGACAGACUUUGUCGUAAUUUUGAAAGAAGGCAAAGUAGUAGCCCAAGGUUCCCCAGCGGAUGUUGCUACUCAUCCACAAACUGGGGGCAUCUUAACCGAGGAUAUGCUUAGCAGUACAGAAACCUCUUCAACGUCCACUGAAACCAGCAAUGUGACCGACGCAGAGCUCUCUGUUGAAGAUCACGCAGACGGUCGAUCCGCACACCAAGUCAAGAAACUGGUACAAGACGAGCAAAAAGAAUCUGGAGCUGUUCGAUUCGCAGUCUACAAAUCGUACGGUGUUGCCGUUGGAGGCUAUUUGUACGUAGCUGUGAUUCUCGCCGUAAUGAUCGUAGAACGGCUUUGCCAAGUCGCACUCGAUCUUUGGUUACAAAAGUGGGCAGAAGCUUAUGGUGAAGCUGAAUCUGGAUUUCACUCUACAUCCUUUGAACGUGGGUCAAAGCCUGCCGAAGCUUUUAACAUGUUCUGGGCCUACACCGUCCGGAUCGGUGCGGGAGUGGUAUGGGACUUUUCACCAACUCCUUCAACCAACAUCACAACAUUGGACGACAAGGUCGCUCUUUCCUCUGGGGUGGACGUCAACUACUACAUCGUCGUGUACGCCCUCAUCGCCAUAGGAUUCGUGCUGGUAAAUCAGCUCAAUUACAUCGUCAAUACGCUAGGACACUACCGCGCCUCAAAGUCCUACCAUGACUCCAUGCUUCGACGAGUGCUUAAUGCUCCUAUGCGGUUCUUUGAGGUCACACCGCUGGGUCGCAUUCUGAACCGAUUUUCCAAAGAUAUCUCUGCCAUUGAUAAAGACAUGGGUCUCGUUGGGGAUUUUCUCAUGGAUUCAUCAGACUUUUUGGUUGUUCUGGCUGUCAUUACCGUUAUUUCGCCAAUGAUUUUGCUUGCUGUACCGGUAAUUGCCAUUGCGUAUGUUUCAAUAUCUGGACGGUACCUUACUGCAUCGCGGGAAUUGAAGCGGUUAGACUCUGUGACUCGCAGCCCGAUUUAUUCUCACUUUUCUGAAGCCCUAGUUGGUGCACCGACUAUCCGCGCAUACGGUCAAGAACCCCGUUUCCUAAGCGAUAAUCUAAACCGCAUCGAUGCAAAUCACCGACCAUACUACUACCUCUGGGCUGCGAACCGAUGGCUGAGUUUCCGGACCAACUCCAUUGGUGCUUGUUUGGUCCUCCUGACUGCCUUGACGAUCCUGUUCACGAGUGAUGUCCUUGGUCCCGGUCUUGCUGCCUUGAGUUUGACAUAUUCGUUGAUCUUGACUGAUACGAUGUUGUCGGUUGUCCGUGUACAUAACAUGAUGGAAAUGACUAUGAAUGCUGUGGAGCGGGUAGAAGAGUAUUUAACUAUUGAGCAAGAAGGAUGUUUGGAUAACGGUGGAGUUCAUCCUCCCCAAGAGUGGCCGUCUCAUGGAAAAGUCGAUAUCAAGGGCAUCUCAUUGCGAUAUGCGGACGAUCAGCCUCUUGUAUUGAAAGACCUAUCCUUCACAAUUCAUCCUGGACAAAAGAUUGGGGUCAUUGGUCGUACUGGUGCCGGAAAAUCGACCCUAUUCCUUGCGCUCUUCCGCAUCAUAAAGUACGCCAAAGGCACCAUCGAUAUUGACGGUGUUGAUAUCACGAAUGUCAACCUGCACGAUCUGCGGUCCAGGCUAACCAUCAUUCCUCAAGAACCUGUAUUAUUCAGUGGAACGGUCCGUUCAAAUCUGGAUCCGGUCUCAGAACAUGACGAUGCAAGCAUGUGGAGCGCUCUGCGCAGAGUACGAUUGCUGGAGUCUCUUCAGUCCAAGGAAAUGAACACUGAAAACAGCCUAGUCUCAACUGUUGUCCGAACGGACAGCGCGGCCGCUCUUGGCGAGGCAACUCCCACAGAGGAGAAUUCCAGCUCAUCAGAACACACUGGGUUCAGCCUGGACGCACCAGUGCUUGAGAAUGGGUCAAACUUUUCACAAGGACAGAGACAAUUGCUGUGUCUGGCCAGAGCAUUAUUGCGGUCGAGCAAGGUUGUGGUUUUGGAUGAGGCGACGGCGUCUGUAGAUUACGAGACGGACUCCCGUGUCCAAGAAACGAUUCGAGCUGAAUUUGCUGGAAGCACCAUCUUGUGCAUUGCGCAUCGAUUGAGAACCGUGGCGGAUUACGACCAUAUUUUAGUACUGGACAAGGGUGAAUUGGUCGAAUCUGGGACUCCUGCAGAGCUUGUAGAGCGUGAAAAUGGCUGGUUCCGACGAAUGUGCCUCGAAAGCGGAGAGUUUGAGGAAAUUACCCAGAUCAUCAACAAAUCGUAG